ACAUUUUAAGCGAUAUAAACAACAAUAAAUGUUCGUUUAAAGUGAACCAAUUAAAUCAAUUAAACGUUGAAGACUUAAAACUCGAUUACCUCAACGAUAUUGACGCUAAAAAAUUAAUAAAAAAUGAAAAUUUAACUAAAUUAUUUGUCGAUACUUUAAUUUCAAAAACAAUCAAUAUUAAAAACAAUUCCUCGAUAGAUAAUCUCGUUAAUAUUGCGAAUAACGAAUUUAAAUUCGUUUCUUUGAAUUUUAACGAUGUCGAAAUGAACGAUUUAGAAAUUAUCGAAAAUUUAAAUGAAAUUAAUGUUAUUGAUGGUAAAUUAGAUGUUAAUAUCAAACAAGAUUUUUCUUUAAAUAACGAAACGGUUGUUUUUAUUGAUGGAUCGUAUGAAAUUAAGGAUGAUUUCGAUUUAAAUGGGAAUUUAAAUGUUCGAAGUGUUGAUGUAAAAAAUAUUAAAACGAAACGAUCGAUUUUUGGACUUGGCGAUCUUGAAAAAGCUUUUAAACUUAAUGAAAUUGUUAUUAAUGAGACGGUUUAUUUUAAUAAUAUUGAGAUUGAAAAUAUAAACACCUCCUUUAUAAACAACAUCUCAACAAAUGAUUUAAAAAAUAACCAAAAUUGUUCCAUAUCCGGAUUAAAAAUAAUUAAUUCUGAUCUAAUUAUAAAUGAAAAUUCAAAAAUAAAAAAAAUUAAUGGAUUUCAUUUGGAGGAAUUCGAUAAAACCGUUUUGACUGUUAAUGGAGAUCAAAUUUUAAAUGGAGAUUAUUUUGUAAAUAAAUUAACAUCAGAUAGCAUCCAAUCCCAAAAUAUUUUGAUCGGAAAUACACCUUGGUCUACAAUCUCCGAAAGCACAACGAAAAUAAACGUCACAAUCCAUUUAGAUUCAUUAGAACUCAAAAAAUCUUUCAUCGAAAAUUUAACAACGACGAAUUUAAAUGAUAUAAAUCUAAAAAAUCUUUUUGAUUCACUUUUAAAUGAUUCAAAUUUAUCGGGGGAUAUCACCUUUAACAGUGUUUACGCAAAAAAUGUUACGAGCAAAAAUCAUUUUGAUACUCAAAUAAUACCUGGUUUAAUCAACAAGAUUAGAAGCAAUUAUAAGAUUGAAACCGAUUUGGAUUUAGACGAAAUUAACGUUGAAAAUGUAAACGUAAAAGGAUUUAUUAACGAUAUUAACGCGGAUUCUUUCAAAAAACUUUGGUUACAAGAUGCUGAUGAGCAUCUUUUUGAAAAUGAAGAAACAUUAAAUAAUGUAAUAAUUUUAGGAAAAGGUGAAAUUAAAGGAAGACUCAAUGAUUUUGAUUUAGAAGAAUUAUUUGAGAGUAUUGUUAAAAUCGAUGAAAAUCAUCAAUUCGAUGAUGUUACUUUUGAAGAUCGAUUAAUUGCGCUUAAUUUAAUUAAUCUACAAGGAAAUAUUGUUGGUUUAGAUUUAGAUUCAGCUAUAACAGUACGAGAAACACAACAAGAAAUAUCGGGAUUAAAAAUUUUUGAAUCCCCACUUAUCAUUAAUGGAUCAUUAAAUUUCGACGGCGAAAUAAACGGGGUGAAACUCGAAAAUAUCUGCGAGAUUUUAUCCAAAGAAAAAGUUUAUAACCUUAUUAUAAACGGCAACGCUAAUUUUACAAAAGGUCCAAAUAUCGAAACGAUCAACAAUAAAUCUUUAAUCCAUCUUUUAAAUAACGUUUGGUUUAAAAAUCGUCCAACCCAAUUAAACGGUUACUUUAAAUUCGUAAACGUUUCCUUUCAAAGCGACGUCAAAAUUAAAGGAAAUUUCAACGAAAUCAACUUAAAAAAUUUAAUUAAUAAUUAUUUCAGCAUAACCAAAAAUCAAACCAUUUCAAGCCAUCUUGAUUUCACGAAAGGCCUCAAUUUCUUUAAAAAUUUAACCGCCGAAGAAAUACUUUUAGCCGGUUCAAUCUCCGGCGUUCGUUUAAAAGAUAUAAUCGGAAAAGCCCUUUUAGAUGGUUACACCCAAGUUUUUGACGAAACUUUUUAUGGGGACAAAAUCGUUGUGGAUGAAUUAAACGGAGAGUUCUUAUUAAACGAUUUAGAUCUACAAAAACAAAUAAUGAGAUACGAUUUGGAAACAUUUGUGGAAGGGAGGAAAGAAUUUUUGAAUUUAACAGUUCAAAAUUUGGUUGUAUCUAAAGAUUCUUUAAUUCAGAAUGUUAAUUUUACGAAAUGGGUUGAGGAAGCUGUUAUGAAAGAUGGGGGGAAAUUAGAACAAUGUAUAUUUGAGGAUGAUGUUAGUUUUAAAAAACAGUUAAGCGUUAUUGGAAAUGUUAAUGGAAAAAAAUUCAACAACCAAACUGUUCUUAUUAACAAUUUAAACCAAACAAUACUUGGAAAGAUUGUUUUAGAAUCAAACGCAACUUUUACCGAAUUAGAAUUAAAACAUCUAAAUGGCGUUGAUUUCGAGUUGUUCUUAAAAGAAAUUGUUCAACUCAACGAGAAUACAAAAAUUAACUCAAAAAUCGCUUUUAACUCUUUACUAAGCACCGAUAACUUAGAAAUUAAAAAAUUAUAUAAUCAAGUUAAUAUUGGGGAUUUAUUAACAAACAUAACAUCGUUUAACUUUGAUAAUUUCAAUACAGAUUAUAACCAACUGGUUAAUAUUUCGAGGCAACUCCAAUAUUCUUUAGAUAGUACACAAAAAUAUCUUCAUCAUUACGAGCUAAUUCGAGGAUUUAAUAACGUUAUUAACUUCGAAUUAUUUAAUAAUCUUUUAAUUUUAACAGAUACCAAUCAUAUUUAUUUAUAUGGUUGGGAUUCAUUAAAAAAUACGUUUGUUUUAAUUAAAGAUUUUGAACACAAUGUUAUAUUUAUCGGAAAAAUUUUAAUUGGGGAUCAAUCUUAUUUAUAUUCACAAUACCAUCAAUUUGCUGAUAUAAGUAAAUUAACUGAAGAAAACGAAUUUGAAAUAGUUGAAAAAUUAAUUAUAACAAAUACAAAUUCAAUUUAUAACUUAAAAAUAGCCGAAAAAAAUAUUUAUUGUUCCCUUUUUUCGUCUCAUUACAAUUCUGAAUUAUAUUGUAAAGAAAAAGAUCAAUUUCAACAAAAACAAACGUUCAAGUCAAUCGAAAAGGCUUCUUCUCUUAUUAUGAAUGGUGAAACAUUUUUAAUAACAUCAAAUUCUCAAAGAACUGAUAAUUUCGUCACGAUACUUCAAUAUAAUAAAGAUUUCAGCCGCUUUGUUACAAUUCAACGUAUUUAUAUAGUUUCCCCUUGUAGUAUUACAUCUAUUUCUUAUAAACAAGCUCAUUAUUUAGCAAUCACAUCAAGCCACAUUGAGGAUGCUAUUUAUUCAGGAUCGGUUCACAUCAAAUGGUUCCAUCCUAAUAUAGAAAUGUUCGUUUCUUAUCAAUUAAUCGAUAUAAAUUCCCCGAUACAAGUCGAAUUUGCGAUUUUACCGUCAAAAGAAUUGGUUCUUUAUGUUCUUACCAGAUCUGGAUCACUUUUAAUUUACGAACAUGAAGGCGAAUUUGGAUUUAAUUUAAAACACAGCGUGAAUACGAACGCGAAAAGUUUUAAACUGGGUGAAAUGCACGGCGAACAUUUAGUUCUUGCAUCAGGUUUGAAUCAAAUGAAGGUUGUUAGAGGGAUUUUUAAAAACAACUUUUACGGGUGA